GCGACCUUUAGGCACUCUUCCCAAGACACAUUCCAGCAGCAACGACUCAGAACGUCCAACUCGAAGUCCGUCAUGGAGUUUGGCAGGACGCACCAGGCUUUCCGGGAGCGGUGGGCAGGCACAGACGAUGACCUGUGUCGGUACAGCAUGUCCCUUGACCUGCACAACACCCUGAGGCAGGAGUUCUUCGCCAGCUACCUGUUCAUACUGGAGCAGAUCCCCCUGGUGAAGCUGUACGCCGCGACAUGUGCCAACGUGAAAGGACAGAAGCAGUUCUACUACAGAGCACAGAACUUCUACAAAGACGUGCCGGCGUCAGAGGAGGGCAUGAUGGGAGAGUUCGUGGAACUCUCGGAGUUGGACCUGGAGGGUUCCAGACAGUUCUUGAAGAAGUUUGUGGGUCCAGGAAAGGCCAGCACCAACCGCGCUCUGGACUGUGGCUGUGGGAUCGGUCGGGUCUCUAAAGGGGUCCUGCUCCCCGUCUUCCAAACCCUGGAGAUGCUGGACAUGAUGGAGAACUUCAUUCUUCACGCACAUAAGUAUUACUUGGGUGACCUCGCCGACCGCGUGGAGACCUACUACGUCUACAACCUGCAGGACUUCACACCCCCACCCCAGAGAUACGAUGUUAUCUGGAUGCAGUGGGUAGCCUGUCACCUGACAGACAAAGACCUGCUGGAGUUCCUAAGACGAGCUCGGGGGGGCCUCGGGCCCAGUGGGGUCAUCGUCCUGAAGGACAACACGGCACGGCAGGGCUGCAGGCUGGACACAGUAGACAGCAGCGUCCUCCGGCACCUGGAUGUCCUGACGAGCAUCAUCGAGAGGGCGGGCCUCACCGUGCUGGACGUGCAGAAGCAGGACGCCUUCCCAGAGAGCAUCGUGCCUGUCUGGAUGAUCGCUAUGCGCUGAGUGCCCGUUCUGCUCCCGCUUAGACAGGCCUGGUCUCCUCAGAAAAGCCAGAGCCUGGCGCAUGGGAGCUGCCAGUUGACAGCCAGGGCGUCAUCUAAAGGCUCCUGGCAGCAUGCUGAUUCAGGACAAGUCACCCCAGUUCCCACUUUGAUUCGAAUCGGUUCAGUUCAAAAUAAUUUCAUUUAGUUUAAUUUCCUUCAAAUUUCAUUUCAAAGAUUCCUUUUGUUUCAGAUCAAGGAUACAGGCAUGGAAAUGUUACAACAAGAAUAUUCGAGCGAGUGAUAGAAACCUGUAUUUCAUUGCAUGUAUGUAUGUGUUUGGUAUACAGUGUUCUUAGCACAUUGUGCCAGUCGUAAAAACUGUAUGUUCUUUUUACUCCCAGCAGAAGAAAUAUGUUGCAGUCACUACUGUGCCUCUAUAGCUGCUGGAUUGUUCACUGAACACUUUUGUCGCCUGAAUUAGACAAAGAAAAUGU